AUGGGCUCCAGCCCCCGGCGGGCCAUAAACUCUCUCUCUCCGGACUCUGACCACGGAUUUGACGCCCUGCGGGCUAUAAGCUCCGGAGGCCCCAACUCCCAGUCAGGCUCAGACCGGGAUCCUAUGGCCGGGACUGUCGAUCCGAACUCCAAAAUCACGUGUUUCUUGUCAAAUUGUGACGAUCACCAGUUGCUGCAGUUGACGAGAUUCUACCGAGACCGACUGGAGCAGGCGAUUGAAGAGGGGGUGGAGGGCAUCGGUCUCCUGUUAACAGGCGCAGACCAAUUCACCGGCCAAGAGUAUCACAAGGUUACUCAGCUCGCUGAAAAAGGUAGCAGGAAGAACGGUUCCAAACUACUUCUGAACCUAGUAAUGGAGAAAGGGUCUCGGGCUCGGAGGGUGAUGUGGGAGUCUUUCGUAGAAAUUCGCCAGACCUUACCGAAGCUGAGGAAGAUAGUGCAAGAAAUCGAGGAGCACGUGGCUCAAGAUAAACACAAGGAGACUUUGCGGGUGCAAACUGAAACUCUGAGAGUGAGCACCAUAUUGAUGAAGGAGAAGGUGAAGGUUUUCCAGCUGGUUGAUCGAUACGCUGAGCUCACGGUCAUUUCUACUGUUCGAGAUCGCAGGCUGGUGGAACAUGAGCUGCUGGCAAGAGGCAGAGACCAUGAAGAGUGGAGAGAGAAACAUCUCCGGAGGGAGCUGGAUAAAAUCCCGACAGAACACUUGUUCCAUAAAAGUUACUCACGUCGAUUUCUACGUGAUAUAAAGAAAUACUUCAAGAAAAGUUCUACUGGGAGUUCUGCUGUUGUCGCCGGCGUCCCUGGAAUCGGAAAAACAACAAUGAUACAAAAGAUUGUUUAUGAUUGGUCGACAGGGCAAAUAUACCAAGAAUUCCAGUUUGUAUUCAGUUUCAACUUCCGGGAUUUAAACUCAAUUAACUGUAGAAUAAACAUGAGAGACUUGAUUCUGGAUCAGUAUCCUUACUUAGGGAAUAUCGUGACAGAGCUCUGGAAGAACCCAGAGGGACUACUUUUUAUUUUCGAUGGUUUGGAUGAAUUCAAGUACAGAAUCGACUUUGGCAUCAAUUCAGGAGACACGGAACCUUUGUACAUGUGCACAGAUCCAGAACGUGUGUGUGAAGUAUCUGACAUCGUGUACAGUUUAAUCCAGAACAAGCUGCUCCCCGGGUGUUCAGUGCUGGUGACCACCCGCCCCACAGCGUUGCAUUUAUUGGAAAAGGCAGAUAUCAGUGUCUGGUCGGAAAUCCUAGGAUUUGUUGGUGAGCAAAGGAAGGAAUAUUUCAACAAAUUUUUCAAAGACCAGGCAGUGGCAGCAGAUGUCUUUAAAUACGUUGAGGAGAACGGGAUUCUGUACACCAUGAGCUACAACCCCUCUUACUGCUGGAUCCUCGCCCUGGCCCUGGGCCCGUUCUUCACAAAAAGAGACAGGGACCUCCAGCGUGUUCCCAAGACCAUUACCCAACUGUAUUCCUACUAUAUAUACAACAUUCUGAAAAACCACGGCCGUGAGAUUGACAACCCCCGUGAUAUGUUACUCAGGGUUGGUCAGAUGGCCUUCAGAGGAUUGUCUGAGAAGAAGAUUGUGUUUACAGAUGGAGAUUUGAUCAAGUACAAUCUACAGUCUUCCCAGUUCCUGUCCGGGUUCCUGAUGGAGCUUUUGGAGAGAGAGGAUUCUGUCCGGAGCGUGGUGUACACAUUCCCACACCUGACCAUCCAAGAGUUUGUAGCCGCCCUUGCACAAUUCCUGACUCCAGAACGUAGAGACAUUAUGAGGCUCCUGACUGAAGUCCAAAGUACAACGGAUGGGCGAUUUGAGGUAUUUCUCCGUUUUGUUGCGGGCCUUUCUUCCCCAGGGUCAGCAUGGCGCUUGGAAGAGUUUCUUGGCCCAUUUCCACAUCAAACAAUCUGCCGGGUGAUUGAUUGGGUGAAGGAGGAAGUUGCACGUCAAGCUAGAAACACAUGGAGUGAAGCCGGUAAACGGAAUCUCAUUAAUACGUUGCACUACCUGUUUGAGUCUCAGAAUAGUGGACUGGCUCAGGCCAUACUGGGAUCGAUGGAAACACUCUCAUUCAGUGGACUGCGAUUCACUCCGAUUGACUGCACCGUCCUGUCUUACUCCAUUGAGUUCUGCGAUUCAGUCAAACAUCUCGAUCUAUGGGGGUGCCGCAUCGAGAGUGAAGGCCUCCACCGUCUGGUUCUCGUGCUGCACAAAUGCCAGCAAUUAGGACUAGGCAGUAAUGACCUGGGAGAUUCGGGAGCGAAACUGGUGUCUCUGGCUCUGAGAAACCCGGAAUGUAAAAUACAGAAUCUGGGUCUGUACAAGACAGGUCUCACUGAUUCUUGCACCAAGGAUCUCGCCUCCGCUCUCUGUAAAAACACUUCUCUGAAUGUAUUGGAUCUGGGAUCGAACUCAUUCACAGAUCGAUCUGUCCCCGCUCUCCGCCGCUUCAUACUGACCGCCGCAAGUCUGCAGUUGAUUGACUCAUUAGAAGCAGAUGGGAACUUGCACCUCCUGUGGAAAAUAAUUGAAGAUGACUCUGAAAACUCCAGCCAGCUGUUCGGCGAAGAUUUUCACAUCAUCAUCAGGACCUGA